AGCAAUGUAACGUUGGUGCCUCCUACUCCAAAUCCACCCCUCCUACUGUCUUCAGAGUACUUCGAGUUUACUCUACAGUGGACAGAAUAUAGUCAGCUUUAUAAUGAUUCGCCAGUUAUUUUUGUGUUGGAGGUCAAGAGGCAUGGAAAUAUUUCUGAUCCAGCUUCUUUCUUACCAGUCAUAAAGAAAUAUCACACGGUAAGCAUUUGUUAGCUUCAGUAUGCGUGGUCCUGAGGGGAGGAACUACUGAACAAAGUUUUCCGCCCCGAGGUCCAAGCCUAUACCUUUUAUAUACCAUCUUUGACAGAAAAAGUAUCUCACUCGUAUACGUACCUUUCACUGAAAAAUGUUACUCCUUUAACAUAUUUACAUACCUACUUAAUACAAAUAAAUCGCUAAAACAUGAAGUCUUCUUGUCAUUUGAUUUUCGUGUAACGUUUGAAAAAUUAAAGUGAUAUAGCCAUAAGGCACGUCUUGUCGAAACAAUUCAAUUAAAGAACGUUUUUUAAUACUUAAAAAAUAUAGAAGUUCCCACCCUUUUAUAUCAAAAUUCCCCACCCUUUGAUAUACUUGAAACCUGAAAAAAGGUACCCCUUUCGGGCGUAGCAUAGGCUAAUAUAGGAAGUGUUCUAAUUUAGAGCACUUCCUAUAUUGGUAAAGCAUUUCCUAUAUUGGCCUAUGAGCCGCUCUUCCUCUCGAGAGUGCCGGGCUGUACCCUUCGAGAAGAAACGUCUUUAUGGGAUAUAUACUGACGUGUAACAAGUUAACUGGUCGGGCAACCACCUCGUUUUCUAUUGUGCAUGCGUUGCAAGUUUCAUCUAACGAGUAGUCAUCACGUCAUUUUUGCGUGUCAUUCAUAAUGGCGUAUUUUCAACCAUCGCCCUCUCAGUCUGGUCAUAGUAGAGAGGACCAGCAGUUCCCUCUUCUAAUGAUGGUCUGAUUGCGUGAGCGCCGCAGAGAGAGUUUUGAGGAAGGUAAAGCAAUACGAGUUUUCGCAGUAGUAUGAGUGGGGACCUUAUGAUGGUCAAGUACAAUUCAGUUUCGCUCACAACACCACUACAAAGUACCUAUCGCCAGGCUUUAUUUGAAUGGUCAAGUCUCGGAUAUAAGCACCAUUUGUGAUCCACUUACAAAAACGCAGCAUUUUUCGAUUCCCUUGAAUUUUAUAGUCCCGGGGCCAGUUGUUCCAAAGGUGGAUAGCGCUACCCACUGGAUAAAUCACUAUCCAGUGGAUAACGCAAUUGGUCUUCGUACUACUUAUCCGCUGGAUAGGGGAUUUAUCCGGUGGAUAGCGCUAUCCGCGUUUUGAACAACCAGGGCCUGGACACGUUUUAAAUGCAAAACGUAAUGUUGCUAUGCAGUACUUGUAAGCAAAUCAUUUAGAAUUUUUUUUCUCGUGGAUGAUUAAUGGUUUUCUUUUCUUCUUCUUCUUUCUCGUUUGUGUCGUGACUUCUUAUUACUCCUUUUUUUUAAAUAAGCGUCUCGAUCUUAUGGCGGGUGGAAGUUUUAUGCUCUUUUCAGUAUAUUCGGUAAGUCUUAAGAAAGAUGCUUCUUUUAUUUCUUGCAGACGAAUUUCACAACUUUCAAGAUUCCCCAAGAUUUUGUCACCAAGACAAAUUUCUCUUUUCGUUUAGCAGCAAUAGCACUUCAAGGCACCUCCAACUUCUCGUCGCCGAGUCCUCUUUAUAUAACAAAUAGUAAGUUUCUUGCAUAUUUUUAGGGGGGAGGGGGGGCUAGUGUUGUUGUUUAAUUUUUAUUGUCAUCAAAAUCACCGUUGACCGUAUAUCUACUACAGGAGUUAAACUGUUAGAGACCUCAUGCAAGAUAAAUAAUAGAAAGUUAACUUCAACUUCUUUCAACUAGAAAUAUCUACAACUGGCCUGCAGUUAGUUAGCAAGGCUUGUCGAGACAGGCUAGGCUACAUUAUUUUACCCAAGCUGAAUAAAUACCAAACUUAGACAUUAUAUUAAUGUAUAUUUUAUAAUAUACAAAUACUAUUCUGCCUUGGGGAUUUAAAAAAAAAAGGGCAAGAGAAUUACUCGUAUCUUCGUCAAUGUAGGAGUCUUCAGUUUGAAGGAUAUUAAGUAGCGUUCCUUUUAAUUUUCUUCUAAAGGCUUUUUUGAUCUCUUUUUGAAUAAUUUGAGGUAUCCUUUUCAAAAUUUUGACCCUAACAUGGGAGAGAGCAUUUUGUUUGACAAAAGAAAAUAUCCGUCCUCGUUCGUUUCCGUCGUUAAUUUCGCAUGAAAUUAUGGAAGUCGUAGUCGUGCAGUGGAGACCAAAAAAAAAAUUAGCGAAAAGUGUGGUGCGUUGCAGACUUGUUGUUGUUGUUUUUGUUUGUUUGUUGUUUUUUAUUUUUCUAGAACCAAUUGAAUUGAUUUUUGACGUUACUUUACCUCCGUCGUCCUCGUGGUUAAGUGAACUCCCUAAUAUAACCUAAUAACUUGUUUCCACCUCUUAUAUUAACGGCAUUAGGGACCUUACGACCCGACAACGGCGACGUCCAUGAAAACGUCGCUGAAAAACAGACUUCGCAUCAUUUUAAACUUUUUCGCGAUUAUCCUAAUUCGCCCUGUUACGUGAAAGAAGGGAAUUUUGGCUGGAGAUGAAGAGAGGGGAACGCGCUCAAGUUCGGGCAGAGAUGGUAGAAUUUAUCGCCUUGCCAUUCCCCUUCCCAAGUAAACUUAAAAUUUGGUCAUUUCACGUCGUUGUUGUGCAGUGAAGGUAAAGAAAUGUACGAAAAAGCGUGAUGCCGUCGUCGUCAUGGUUUCGUAAAGUCUCUAUUCUCGCUCAAACCAGUGAAAACGAUUUUCAUGUAAUAAUGAUCGCCUUUUUCUAGUUUAGUAUUAGAAAUAUGGUCUUUCACUGUAUAUUUCUCGGGAAAAAGGCGAUCAUUAUUACAUCCAAACACGGCACAAGGAUUUUUUUUCCCAUUUACAAUCUUAUUCUAAGAAAACUUUAAGAAAAAAUGUCCCUAAAAGCGCUCGAAAAUACAGACGAAAUGUGCUCAUGCCCCCUGGGCAUCCUAUAGUGCUCCUUAAAUCGAAUUGAUUCAAUAUGGCCGCCGUAUCGGUAAAAAGGUCUAUUAUUUGCUCAAAAGCGACCUGACCUCUAAUGUUAAUGUCUCGUUACUGCAGCCUAUAAAAACGUCUCAGUACAGUUUGUGUUCUGAAGUUUAGGUCCGUCUAAUAAGACAUGUCUUCUCCAAAGAUGGCUGCCACUUUGCAGAGUAAAAGCAGUGGUCAUUUUCCACGUAUGCUGUGAUCUUUAGUGUCUGUACAGUUGUGAUUAUGUAAUCUCAGAGAACAAUAUUUAGCUUUUUAUAAUACACAGCAUGCAUUCUUUAAAAAGUAUCCAUUUUUCACUCUGUUUUCUUCGUAUUUAUCGAGCCUUUGGUUAAAAACGAUUUAAUGCUGUGUACUUAUCAUUGGUUUAUUACUCCAUCGCUCCAUAAUCAGACAACCUAGCUGAUCUUUAUAACAGAUAUAUUUAGGCCGUAAAUGUACAAUUACAAUGCUUUAGCACACUUUGUUUGUGCGAGGUCAAUCGUUUUCUGUGAAGGCAGGCGCCCCCUCUUCCCUCGCGCGCCCCGUGCUCUCUUGCGCCCAUUACUUCUACGCAGGCUACAGCGUUAUUGACAUUAUUAAUAAACUGAACCGGACAAUCGCGACACAGCCCCUUUUAACUUGCGCGCUUUUUUUUCCAGGCACUUGUGAGAGUGGACUGGACUUUUUGAGUGGUCAUCCUACUCCAUGUCCGGUGUUCAAUGUUCGUGUCAUCUUCAACGUAACCGAGGUUCCAUUCGGGGCUCCUCGAAUUGCUGCUAUUUUGUCUUGGGACUAUCCUCCUGGUAUGUACACAAUCGUUGGUGGACAAAACACUGACCCCUAGUCCAUGGAAUACCCCCAUGGACUACCCAUGUGGACUACGCCGCUGAACUUUAGUGAUUAGGGUUAGGAAACUGGGUGAAUCAACCAAUCUGGUUUCAGGUCAGUUUUCCAGGAUGGAACAUGAUUCACGCAGUUUCUAAACCCUAAUCACUAAACGUCAGCGGCGUAGUCCACAUGGGUAGUCCAUGGGGGUAUUCCAUGGACUAGGGGUCAGUGUUUUGUCCACCAACGUGAUCGCAGUUUUUUUUUCGUACACAUGUAUAUAAAAGCGACAGACUACAAUGCUUUCAAUAGGAGAAUCCUUACUUACGUCAUUGUUUCGUCAUUAGCACGCUAGGUAUUGAACCCUAUAGAAAAGUUCGCCGUAUAUACAAAUUAGGGUCAAAAGUUGAAAGAGCUGGUCAAUUUGAGCAGUUUAUGCAAGUGUCAGCUCUUUGCAAUCAAUAACAAAGGAAAUAGCUGCAAUCCAAAACUGCGAAAUAAGCCUUAUCACGGUUUUGGAAGCCAUCUUGACAAGAAGGCAACGGCGUGAGAACUUCAGUGACAGUGUUUGUAUGGAAAUUUAAUGUCCAACAAUUUCCGUAAAACGUCUGUUCUAAAAAAAAAAAAAUGAAUUGUAAAUUAAAGCUUCACUCCUAACGAUUCUACUGAAAACGUUUGAGAACGUUACAUGCAGCUACAUGUGCUAGAACCACUAUUUAAAAUUUUCUGUACAUUUGUCUGUAAAAAUUUUUCUUCCUGCCGACUAAAAUUUCCCGGAAAAUCUAAAGCAAGCGUCUGGAGAAAUUUAGGCACAGUAACGCUAGUAACGGUAACAGUAAUUGCCCCCGGAGGGAUUUCGCCCAGAAGGCGAAAUCUCGAGGAGGCACUCUAGUAACUCGCGCGUAUAUUAAGGAAAGCACUUACGGUUGAAAUCUACAGUCAUACAGUUAAUAUAGAAAGGGAGGGCCGCGAGGAAUCGGUAGGUAAUGAUGACGUUUCUAUUGUUUGCGCCCGCAAGUACGAAAUGGUUAGGAUGACGUAAAGACAGAACAUCCCCAAGGGACCGCUUAGGUAGAUUUUGUGACAUUUAUUGUGCAGUCAUACUUCGACACUCUUUUGCGUUACGUGUUAUCAGUGACAUUCUGUGGAGCAGUUGUUUCAGUGAAAGUUAUGGACCAAAAUUUUAACGACACUCGUUAAGCGCAGAAGAAGUUAUAAGGUUCGUAUAACUGUGCAUAUAUAUCACAAAUCUUUCAUUGGAAACCUUGCUAGACACUCUUUCUCUCUCUUUGACCGGAAUAAGGCUCAGCUCCAAACAAGCAAGACGAGUGAACAACGGCUAGCUUCUCACUAGCAGAACGAUGGACGAUUACAGAAAUUCGCCGACAAUCAAAUUCUGUGCUGACUUAUUCCCUGCUCACAGAUGUCCUUCCGCUAUAAAGUUUAAAAUAAGACUAGAAUGCGCGAGCGUGAAUCGAUCAAACGUCCUUUAAUUUCUAAGGCUUCCUUUUCGGCAAAUAAAAUGAACUGAAUGUAAAAAGUGAAAAAGAAAUAGCGAAAAAUUACACUUCUAAUUAAAUCUUUUCUCACGGUUUAGAAUAAAAUACCGUAAAAUUCCGAAAAUAAGCCCCGGGGCUUAUAUUUUUCAAAGGCUCUUUUUGAGGGGCUUAUUUUUGGAGGGGCUUAUAUUCGGAAGGGCUUAUCUACGGAGGGAAAUUUGCGUUACAAAAUCGAUUGGGCUAGCCUUAUAGUUGGAAGUAAAUUUACCGUUUUUGCUUUGUUUUACUUUGUAUUUGAGGGCAAUUUUCCAAGUACAAGCCACCGGAGGGCUUAUAUUUGGAGGGGCUAUUUAACGGAGGGUUUUUUGCGUUACCGGAUUGGGGGGCUUAUAUUUGGAGGGGCUUAUACAUGGAGGGGCUUAUUUUCGGAAUUUUACGGUAUUCUCGAAACUGAGAAUGUUUUGAUCAAAGCUGUGUAAAUCGACCUGAAACUGUGCAUGGAACCUUGCGUUUCCUGUAUUUAUCUCACCUAUUGUACGGAAUAUGUGUGAAAAUCUUCCUUAUGAAUCGGUAUAUUUCAAAGAGCUACACAACGAGCAAGAAUGCUGUUGACCGACAAGAUACAGAGCGGGGGCAGCUGUAGUGUCAACUAUUACUAGUUUGUUAGUAAAUUCCUUUACUGUGUAGCUUUGGUUUACAAUUCCUAUUUUUUUCAGAACAGCCGUUUUACGGAAAUUAUAAAAUAAUAUUAGUAUGUGUAAUCAAAUGGUCAUGAGUGAAAAAGGCUCAGGAAAUUUUGAGGAUUUGGAGAAAACGCAAGUGAAAUUUUCCCUCACUUCACGAGUAUACCAUUUGAUUACCUAUUAAUAUCAUGGGUGAUGACGAAUAACGCUAGGUUAUUUUUCCUGGCUUUAUCGUGUCGAUCGAGAAUUACACGCUCUCAAAAGUUAGAGCUUAAAUUUGGCGUAAGUUCAGAAUUUUUCGACAAAAUACCUGUUAGAAUCCUUCUUGAUGUACUAUUUCGUGUGUUAAGGUUUUCUAAAGCGUCUUUUAAUGCCCUGACAUCUUCGUCGCCAUCUUGGAACUGAGCCGUACGGAAGGUUGCCCUGGCAAUUUUGUAAUUUCACUUGUGAAAUUAUAAAUUAACGCUGAAAUUUCGCGCCAAAAUUAAGGAGUAAUUCGUCAUCUACGAUAUUAAACAAUAAACUUUUCAGAUGACUUUAAUUUCUGUAUCCCAAUUUUUUGCCAAUUUUAUUGACCAUACUACAGUGCAAAAGAAUAUUCUGAUGAUCGUAGGCAGUGUUUGACCUGUUGUGACUUACAUGUACUUUACUUAGAGGUUUAGCCAUGUAAAUGUAAAAAAUACAAUACAACGCUCUUGCAUUUUUGAGGAAAAAUGAAAUAGUAACGAAUUGUAAAGUGGGAGGAUAAACAAUAACACUGAUAAGGACAGCUGCUGAUAUUGAUAUUGAUAAAAGUGUUUGAUUUUGAUUUCUCAAUCUAACAGGCCCAUCAGGUUUUGCACCCCCUUACCACUACCACUCACUACCCACCCGACCCCUUCCCACCGUACGCACUCCCCUAAUUUGCAAUUAUUACUAGUAUUAGUUAAUAAACAGCUUAAACUACUUGCAACUAACUUCAUUAUCAAGUUUGAAAAAAUAAGUGUCUGUUGCAAAAUAUAAAUACUUAAAAACAACUAAAACCAGUGUAAACUGUAAUUAGGCAACCCCAAAGAACACGCGUUCUUUUACAAGUGCCAGACAAAGUUUUCAAUGCCUCAUUCAUGAGAUGCUCCCCAUAGAAGAAAUCAAUCCGACACCCAGGCCGAUCCCAUUCGCAAAAAAAAAACCUUUGUUUGAACUAACAGACACUUGUUGUUGGACUUGAUAAUGACUUUGGUUGAACAUCGAAACGUCGUCGUUUCAAACUAUUUUUUAGCUUUUUAUCAUAAGGAACAUUAGCGCAGUAUUUUAUAUUCUGAUGUUUUACGAAAUCGCUUCUUAUCCAAUUUCAAACAUGUUUGUUUUAAUUGUUUGUUUCCACAGACGCACACGUACGCUUGACCAAAACCGGCGGCCUGAGCAUUGAAGUUUCACUGUCUAAUGUCGCGAAUAUUCCUGCCGAGCUCCGCAACGCAUGCCAAGAACCUGGAAAUCUCGGCCCUACAACUAGCCAUAUCGAUGUCAGCACUCCGGUAAUUCUCCAAUUCAGAACCUUAUGAGAAGCGUACCGAUCUUUUAAUUAAUUCAAAUGCCGUAAACUGCCGCUUAGUACCCCUGGGCUUGUACAUCUUCGUAAGGGGCUUUAUGAGGGCGUAUGGACGGAGGGGCUCAUUUAUAUCCGAGGGGGGCUUAAUUAACUGGAAUAAAAAAGGCAUUUCCAUCGAAUACAUUUCGAUCCUUUUGGAGGGGGCUUAUAUCCGGGGGAAUUUAAUCGGGGAGCAAGGGUGGCGCAAGAGCGCAGAGCACUCGCCUCCCAUUGGUGUGCCGCGGGUUCAAUUCCCAGCGUCGACGCCAUACGUGGACUAAGUCUGUUGUUGGGUCGCUACUUUGCUCCGAGAGGUUCUCCGGUUUUCCCCUCUCCUCAAAAACCAACCUUUCCAAAUUCCAAUUCGACUAGGAAUCAGGUAGACCAAGAAACACUCAGUGUAUGUGCUACCUCCAAAUUGUUUAUUAUUUGUUAUUUGUUUCCUGGGGGAAGGGGUGGGGGGGCGGCUUAAAAGUCCUAACUCAAGAUAUCCGCCAUCUUUGCGCGCUCUUAAGAACUGAUGGGAUAAAAGUAAUGUCGCGUGUUUUCUCAGGAGACAAACAAGUGAUAAAAUUUGCCAAUUCAAGAAAUCGCGGUUGAGUUUUUUUUAUUCUAGACAACAGAAAAUGAAGAACUGACAAAAUUACGAUAACGGCAAGUUAUGGGUGGAAGUGAUCAUUGUUACUUUUUGGAGGCAGUAGCGACGGUAGUUAUCCUCACAGUAAGCAAUAAUGGCGUGAAACUUGGUGAAGCUCGCGCUGUACAUUUUGCAUGACUAUUAAAUCGUCGUCUCGUUUUGAGAGAAUAAACAAACUCGGCUAUUUGCAGGAUGAGGUCUUUUUACUACUGAGACCAGAAUUCAUUUCGUUUUUUCUUUCAUAUUUAAAUUUGGUAAUCCCAGUGAGGUUUAAAUAACAAACGCAAUAAUUUCUACAAGAAAGCAAAACCCUGAAGGAUUCUGAUAGUUGUAGUAGUAAAAAUGACGCCAUCGUGCAAAAGGCCUAUUGGCAAAUCUCAUCACUUGUUUGCCCCCUGAAAUACCACUUGACAUUGCUUUUAUCCCAUCAGUCCUAAAGCAUGUGCAAAGAUGGCGGGUGUCGUGAAUAAGGAGUAUCAUUAAAAACUGAAUCAUUGGAUAAUGCAAUUGUAGACCUCUGAUUGGCUUAGCCAUCAUGGUAUAUGAGCUAUUAUACCCUGCUCUCAAAAUAUGGUGACUGUACGCGUCUGCUCAAAAUUAAUCGGUUGUUUUUACAAAUAAAGUCGGGAAGAAUUCUCGAUGUUUUGUGGGCGUUUUUUAUAAAACAAUUAUUCCACUUGCGCUUUUUGGCUAUAAGAUGAUUAUAGCCAACUCGGCGCUACGCGCCUCGUUGGAAUAAUUUUUAAUUAGAUCCCACGUGCCAAUCUACUACAUAGGUUCUCAAUGCACGGGUAGACAUUGCUUCUCGAAAAUUCCCUUUCCUUUUAUCCAUUUUUUAUUAGCUACUCUUCGCUGUUUGUAAUACCCUUAUUGUUGCUGUUCUUUAUAUUUGCCUAGCGGUCAAGUGAAACUUUGGUUCUCCAACCGCAAAGAAGGCUCUACUUUGGAUGUCCCUAUGACCUCAAGGUAAGUCCAUAAUAAAAACCAGGCAGGGUUAGGAAAGGCUUCAUAAUGCUCAAAUCACCGAUUUUGCUUAAACUAGGCGUAAAUGGUUGUUAUCACGAAUAAUACUUGUGACAAUACAUGUGACAAAAUAUAUACAGGUCAGGAUAUUUUAUCCCCUGGGAGAUACGCCCAUCUCCCCUCCCCACAGAAACCUCAUCUGCUAAUACAUGUGACACAAUAGAAGGUCAGGAUAUUUUUUAUUCCAUGGCAAAUAAGUCCAUCUCCGCUCCCUACCAAACGCUUACUACCACCACCGUAAAAAUUUCCGAAAGUCCUGUUUUGAGAGUAAUUAAUUGGCAAGCUUUGCUAUGUCAGUGCGGCAAACAGUAAAUUCCCGCGGCAACGCCAGCUCCUAAUGGAACUUUCGAGCUUUCUCUCCGCCUCCACGUCUCCAGUUUAACCACAGCCUUAUGUGUUUUUCGUUGUAGCAGUUUUUCUCGUGCCCCACGUUUGCUUAAGUUACCAUCAAAUACUUGUGAUUUUUGUCAAAGUUAUAUUUGGAACAAAUGAACGUUAGCUAUUGGCAAUAUUUACGCCAGAUAUUAACUCGAGAAGGUUGGGACCUUACGGCUUCAGUGUUGGGACAAAUAAACGUUAAGCCCCGUGCAAACAUUGACGCAACAUUGUUGGCCAACAACUCUCAACAUUGUUGGGUGUUACAUGUUGCGUCCGUUUGCACACGCUGUUGCAUGUUGUUGGAUGUUGUUGCGUGUUGUUGCGCAAAGUUUGAAACCGGUCAAACUUUUCAGCCAACAACUCCCAACAUUUCUUUUGUUCCGUGAUCGCCGAAGCGUAGCGCAACAAUGUUGGAUCCGUUUGCACUGUUCUUCCAACAUUGUUGGGGCCGCGCACGCACAUUACGCAUGCUUUACAAAGACUUCUGGGUUGUGUCCUUCCCACGAUGCACUGCAGGUCCCAACAUUGUUGGGAGUUGUUGCAUCCGUUUGCACACCACUGCCAACACGCACGCAACAACUCGCAACAUUGUUGGCGCGACAAUGUUGGGAGUUGUUGCGUCCGUUUGCACGCAGCCUUAGCUAGCGGCAAUAUUUACGCCAGAUAUUUACGCGAGAAUAUUGGAACCAUGCGGCUUCAGUGUUCGCUCCACGCAUAGUAGCCCGCGUAGUUGGCGGGGUUGUUCCGCGCGCGGUAAUUUCAUGGCGACAGCCGCGAGAGAGAUUUGAAUUAGUGACUUUUUACCAAUCUUCCAGCGGCUCCGCCAUCAAAAAGCUACAGCACACGAUCUCUAAUCCCGCUGGUUAAGCAGACUAGAUUGUCUUUGGGUUCUUUUUCGUCCCACAAGAACCACAAGACCCUGAGUGUUAGUCCGGCCAGGCUUUGAACCCGCGACCUCCGGCUCAGCAGGCCGGCGCUCUCGUAACUGAGCUAACAAGGCGGCGGUCAAGACUCAUGAAUUUUUUCAUCUACAGAUUACUAGUGGGUUCGCUGUCAAUUUUGAGACUCUGGCAACUUUCUUCGUCCCGCGUAAGUAUGUCCUGACAUUCUCCGCCAUUUUCUAAUAGCUGGUAAUUUUAUACGGUUAUUCUUCUGUUUAUUCGAAUUCAACCGUACACAGCCUGAGAAACAGUCGACAUUUCGCGACGCCACCACGAUUUCCCCCCGAAGUGACGUCUGAGAAACGAGCGCAAAAAUUCCAUACUGAUGACGUGUCACAACCCAGAUCUGGGUAGUGUUCUUUCUUUUGACUCAUCUUGCUGCGAGGGAAAUUUGCUUCAACCAAUCAGGCUACCGUAAACAGUGAAGAAAAAAAACGGAACCAUUUAUCUUCCAUUCCUAUUUUUUUUCACAGACUGCAUUAGUGGAUUUUGCGGAUGCGACGCUUGUAAGUCGAACAACACUAUUUAUAUUAAAUGAGAAUUCAGGAUUUUUGUUUAAUCAUGAUACACUUCACUAUACAACCCCAUCAGCAACACUGGUAAGUGUCCGUUAAAGAGACUGAGGUGGCUGUAAAAGGAAGGCAAAGAUAUGCAAUAGGACAAACUAGGGCGGGAAUAUAAAACUUAGUCUAGUUUGAAAAGUGUCUAGUAUCAAAUGUCCUCUAAUAAGCAGUUUAAAAAUAAAACUUUUGUAAAAUACGCAACUUAAUCCCCGUCCCCACUAAUACGUUUUCAACAGUACCGUAUUUUUCAAUCAAACGCCUCGGCGUUUAUUAAACUUUUCGUGAUUCGAGUGCGGCGUUUAUAAGAGGGCGGCGUUCAUUUAAAAUCCAUCUUGUUUCUGGUGAGGAAGCUUAGUGAAAGAACAUCGAAGUAUACUCACUUCGAACUAAAAAACAUUGUUAUCAAUAAAAGCAAAUUUCCAAGGCUCGAUUAAGCUGAACUACCGUGUAUACUCCUUUGAGCUUCAAAUGUACUGAUCUUAAAACGUUGUUUCAAUCAAAGAAAAUAAAUGUUUUAGGCUUGCUCAAACUUGAUUAUUACUGCAUUUGCUUUUUGAGUCUAUUAUUGAAAGAAACGCCACAGCAUGACGCGGCGUUUAUUCGAGGGCGGUGUUUAUUGAUUUUUCUGCUAUAAAACGCGGCGUUUAUUCGAGGGCGGCGUUUAAUCGAAUAAAUACGGUAUGUGGUUUAGAUGUCAUCGGAAACGCAUCGAUCGAUUCGCGUCCACACUACCGUUUGAUGCGUUUUCCACCGUCCACACUAAACGUUCGGAAACGAUAGAAUUGAACGUUGUGAUCUAAGAUUUAGCUCUUAAAUCGGUUCUUAUUUUCUGGAGAAAAAAUUAUUUAGUGGUAUUCAGCUUGGGUAAAACCUGUAUACCAUUACAAUUGCCGUCUCCAAAGAGGACCCUGAAUGUUGACUUAUCUUGUUUGCCCAAGUAUACAGAUUUUUUUUAUAUAUAGGUUUUCGAAAAUAAUAACCUGCUUCAUUUUGUGUAGAGGGGACCUAACUGGCAAACUUUAGCCUAACAGGUUAAGGGACACAGUCAGCUGAUGCACAUGCGCACUAGAUACCAUUUCUUGGCUGAUUUGCAUGUCAAGACACGCGCGUGAAAAAGAAUAUGAGAAGCUUAUAUAUCCGGAAUACUCUAAACAAACCCCUUGAAGAGUUGAACUAGUUACAAGCCGAAAUUGUGAUUAUAGACCCAAGGCCAUAUCAGAGCACUCAUUUUUUCAUAUACCAUUGAGAAUUCACCGAUGGAUUUGUCCAGGGAAAGCCAAACAUCGACGAAUACUUCCGAAUUCGAACAUCAGUAGAGAUGAAAAAUGACACGAACUCUGAAUCAUUGUGGACGGUUUAAGGUCGAGAAAGCUUGAUUUUCCAAAUAUAUGUAACCUUUCCUGGUAACCUUUUCUGCCAAUUUUCAAAUUAAAUGUAUCGAUUAUUUGCUCGCCAAUGUUGCUGAUUCAUCUCUGUUAUUAUUUUGGGAAACGAAGGCGAUUUCUCCCGCCUGGGGCCUAGACGCGUUUCUCACCCUCUUCUGUUCAUGUUUCUGUGGAUACUGUUUUUCACCAAAUUAAUAUGAUAGAAUAAUGUAAUUGGAUGUGUAAAAGUUUGCUCAAAAAGAGGUUUUCAGAAAAAGAUCGACAAUUGAAUGAAACACUAGGCAAGACUGAAGCGGAUUUCUAGGUAUAUUCGACGCGUACAGUUGAUUUCGGGUUGAGGUAAACGCUUUUCAAACUGGCAAAAGUAGUGUCCAGGUCAGCGCGGUCCCAUAGGUGACUGUGUCCCUUUUUAAAACCCAGGUUCUUAGUCGCGGGUUUUUACUGUGAAUAAAUAACACAGAAAACAAACGUACGGGACAAAAAUAUUAACAGAACUAAAACCAGUACUAGCUUUACAUUGCAGUGAGUACACCAUAUCCAGCCUAGUCCCAAGGCGUUCUCGGCGCGGUCAAUCCUGGACUCUACCGCGAGCUGUGACGUCACCGACAACGGACUAAAAGAGAACGACUAAGGACUAGGCUACAUCAUAUCGUCGUUUUACAAUCUUGGUGUGAUUCUGAAUUGAUGUAGUCUGAGAAAACAGCCGGAAUUUUGCGACGCCACCACUGGUUUCCCCUGCGAAAUGACGUCUGAGAAACGAGCGCAGAAAUUCCGUACUGAUGACGCGUCACUACCCAGAUCUGGGUAGGGCUUCUGAUUGGUCGUGCUGCGUGGGAAAUUUGAUUCAACCAAUCAUAAGCACUUCCCAGAUCCGGGUAGUGACGCGCGAGGAAACCAGUGGUGCUGGGGUUGCGAAAUGUCGGCUGUUUUGUCAAGCGAGAUUUGAUGCUGUUUAAAUGUAACAAAAGAGAAAAUUCCCUCAUUUAUUUUCAAGGGCAACAAAAUACACUGAAAACAGGCUCAGAAUAUGUUGACGUUGAUAUUCGCAAAAACAAUCAGUCCGUUAACUUGACAACUGUUAAUGCUACCUGGAAUAACGAGGCGUGGGGCAAGAAAAGGCCGACAUUUUUCAAGUAAGUUGAUAAAAUGUAAGUACUGACUUGAAACGGGAAGCUUAACAACCCUGUAGCGAAAUGUACUGUGAGACCUAUAAUUAGGGGAAUCAGUAUGAUUCUUAUUGGCAGACUAAGAUCGCCUUUGUAUGCAUGGUACGGGGAACUUCUACAAAUUCUAGAAAAUUCUAGAAAAUUCUGUUCUAGAAAUUGACCACGGCGACUGUCGACCACGGCUCAAAUCUGAAUUAAUUUUCACGCCUACUUUUGCGGAACGUGCUCGUUUUAAUACAUGUGUUUUUCACCCUGGGGAGGGAGGAGUACUCAACAAGGUUUUAUACGGGGAGGCUCUGCCCCGAGGUCCAGCCCAAGUUUUGUUUUCCUCGACGGCCUUGGGACGACCACGAUUGCCAGGCUAAUGAGGGUCAACUUGUUUCGGUCAAUUUCUGAUUAGGCUGAGGUUCGUUGUUUUUCCUAGUGAUGACGAGCUGAUUUUCCUUUUGCUGUUUGAAACAAUGAUUUCUCAAGCCUUUAAGUAAGUUUUGAGACCCCCAAAACCUUUCAACGUUUCAAAUUUUCCUUUUUUAAAGCACCUCAGCCGCAGUUUUCUCAUGUUUGUUUGUCUUCUUGGUGAGAAGUGACCCGCAUUAGCCUCGCUUUCGCGCAAAGACAAGCGCUCCUCCUAGGCCCCCGGGAAUACGAAACUCGUCUAUUCUGAUUGCUGAUGCUUGUUUUCUUAUAUACUAGAUUGGUAAUGCAGGAAUGUCCUGGUGGUCUCUGUCCCGCACUACAAGGAUAUCAGAUUAAGGAUCAUCUUGCCGAUCCAUUGGUAAGGGGUUUUUCUUGUUUUAAAAAAACGGAUACUUCACUUUUUCCCCAAUAAGCAGGUCAUUUGUUAUUAGCAAAUUCUUCCUUAAACCAUUCUGUGGUCUCUUGAAGAAGCUGUGUGUUACGAAUUGUAUCAAAAUUCUAACACUAGGAACUUCCACCAAACUUAGUGAAACAUGAAAAUAAUCGCUCAAAACAUUUUAACAAGGUAUUGAUAACACAACAAAUACAGAAGUUGGUUUGGAUGGACAAACUCAGUGUUGAAGAAUAUAGACUACGAGCAGUCUCUCUUUUUUCUUGGUCCGUCGAGCAAAACACCCGAGACACGCAAAGGACCACGCGCGUGACUGGAGACGCGAGACGGGAGAGGCGUCUCGCCGCUUCGCCGUUCUUCGCGAGCGCGCGUGCACUCCCCAUACUAAAUCUGAAGAAAAGGAGAGACCGCUCGCAGUCUAUGAAGAAAACGGAUUGAAAUGGGUUUUUGAAAACUUGUUAGCCUAAAAGUUUUUCAAAGUUCAUUUUUUGUUGUUUGUAACGUUCGAUUCAAUGCUUGGGAAGUAUAUUUGUUCGACAAAAAGUUGUGAUUUUGUCGUUUAAGUUACACAGCCCCUGUAAGGCCGGUAAACUAAAGCCCCAUUAAUUCACGCCAAAACUUAAACAUGUUUAAAAGCUGUUUAGUUCAACAUAGUUUAAAAUCACUGAUUUAAGGUGGCUCGAUGGGGUUUUUCAAGGUCAAUACCUCACAAGUUUGACCAAAAAAAUAAGGGCUACAAUUCGCCAAUUUUUUGUCGGAAAUUUCGUGUUUACAAGUGGGAGCCUCUCAUUAUUAAGGGGUAUUGUCUCCAAGUUUCAUAUUUUCGUGGACAACAAUAUCUAAAAUUUCUGCAUAUUUCAAAUGCAUUGCUAGUUACUGCUGUUCACGUGAACAUGAAACUUGUAGACAAUGCCCCUGAAUAAUGAGAGGCUCUCACUUGUAAACACGAAAUUUUUCCGACAAAAACUUUGCGAAUAUUAGCCUUAUUUUACUGCCUUACAAGAUAUCCAUUAUCUUGAAACUCAAAGGUCAUAUAAAAAGACGGUUAAUCUCGAGAAUCUCAAAUUUUAAAAGAAAUCUAUCGAGCAGUUUAAGUAGACCGAAAUGUUUACAAAACCGCUAACAAGAGCGCCUCGAUACGUACUAAUCAAAUCCUUCUUUUUAGCAAUCGGCUCAAACUUUCUUUAUGAUCUUUCAAAGACGUUUUUAAAAAGAGGCUAUGAGGUGAAAUUGCAGUUUAAAACCGCGUCGCUUAUUUGACGAGAAAAAAAACCGUAUUUCCUUUUGUUUUUAUUCCCGUGUAGAAAUUUCCCGAUUGCCAGUCCGGGGGGAAAUUCUCCUGAAAAAGUGGACCACCUUCAGAGGUGGUCCCCUUUAACCGGUCGGUCCCCGACCAAAAUUGGCUGUUCCAUUUUCAAACAUUUUCGUUUGCUAAGAAAUACUCAAAAUUUCGAGAGAAACGUGAAUGUCUUUCUCUCCAAACUAGCGAUUGUGAACCAAACGGAAUAUAAUCAAUAUGAACUAAAGGAAUGUGACAGUUUGUCACAUGUCUUAAACGUGUAAACUAAUCAUUACUUGGUAGAGGUAAACACUUCUAAAACUGUGUAGCCUGUGAGUAAGUUGUCGACUUGGGGCAGUCUGAGUGGGUGAUUGGGUAUUUUCUCUCUACUUUGAGAGCUUUCUUGGAGAAUUGCAAUUGUAGUUGAAGGUAGUUUCUAGCAAAACAAGUAGAGCUAAACAGGUUUUUUUAUCAGGAGCCCAUAAUGAGGAGUGAGCAACUCCCAAAAUAGGUCGUUUUCACUUAGCGGUUUAUUUUUAGAUACAUUGUAGAGCACUUUUUCCGGUGUAAAUAAAAAGUUCCGCUCCUUCAAUGAGGGCAUUCGAAGAAUAAGAUGUCAAAAAGAAGAACUAGGUCUCUAGGUUUCGCUGACUGGAUUGUAGGACAAACAUAAUAUUCUAAGUUCGCGCCAGAAUCGAUCUGAAGAUAAAACGCCGUGACUCGAGUACGUAGAAGUUGCUUGCUCCAGGUUAUGGGAUGCUGGUUUUCAUGUGGUAUAUGAACUCAACAGCCAAAAUUGGAACGCCUUUUUUUAAUUCAUUUUUCGCAGAGAACCGUCCAAAGCUUUGUUUUCCAAAAUCUGACAGAGGGAGAAUGGCAUCACUUUAUCGUAAGUAUUGUACGCAAGAAAGCUCUUAAAACUAACGAUGCCCGGUGAAACACUUACCCGACGGAUUUUUCUUUCAUUAAUGUGGCUAGUUUGUUGGUAGUCGCUAAACAAGUGUCCUUCAUCAAUGUUUUGAUCAAAACAGUCCACUCUCCAUGAGCGACCACCUCUUGUAAGGGACCAACUCCCAUAAGCGGCCACCUAUACAAAAUGUUCACCAAAAUUUUCUCACCCAAAGCCCGAUAAUUAGAACUUCUCGUAAUCGACCACCUCUCAUAAGCGAGCGCGAUCACUUUUUCUUUGACGCCUUUUUUAGUUUUCCAUUGUUUUUAACCUCUUAAUUGUAAGCGACCAUUUGACGCAUGUUGUGGUCUCUCUGUUCGGUAUACGAAGAAGUUUAACUUUCACUAACAACAUGAGACUACACGUAUGCACAACUUAGAAACUGCAUGAAAUGAAUUCACUGCCAAAAAGUAGAUGUGCUGGUACCUCCUCUCGGAAGAGACUCCCUGUGUGGCGAUUCUUGUAAGUGAUCACUUCCCGUAAGCGACCAGUAAACCUCCGCAUUUUGGGUGGUCGGUUGCAGCAGGUUCGACUGUAGUCGACCCUCCUAUUUCCAUCCUACCAUGACUAGACAAAGUUCCCGUAGCCUCAUUCUUCCGGCAGGUAGCUAUGAAUGUCUCCCCCGGGAUAAAAGCAAUGGUCGGAGGGGGGGCGGGGGCGGGGGCGGGCUCAUAAAAAGAUGCACCUUUUACAAGGAAAGAGCGCCGAAUUGUCUCAUCACCUCCAUGUCUUUUUGUAGAUUUACGCCUACGAUAAAAGUGGUUGCCUACUGUUACCUGUAGAAGGGGAGCGUUUUCAAGGUAAAUUGUAG